AUGCGAUCACGAACCGGAUGUCUCACUUGCCGUCAGCGGAAGCUGAAGUGUGAUGAGAAGAAGCCCGUGUGCGGACAAUGCACCAAGGCCUCAAGAGAAUGCAUUCCAUCCUCAGGCAUCGUCUUUCGCCACCAACACAAUGCCUCCAUGAACGGCGAAGACUCAGGGGACGAGAACUCGCUGAAGGGCUUCUACGCCUACAAAAACACAUUCGAUGAGGACGCCAUCUGGAUGGAUAUCCCCAAGCAUGUCACCUUCAUCAACACCACCAACCCGUACCUGGAUCCCGGGACACCCGACUUUGACACAAUGUCGACAGCUUCCAUGGAGUCGCCUGGCCCAUUCGAGGCUCGCUCUUUGCCUUCAUGGCGCACACACAGCAACUUCCAUUCAGUUACCAGCACACCAUCGAGCAUGGGGCCCGAGAUGCCUCCUACCAGCGUUCCUUUCUGUUAUACCCCCGACCUAGAAAGUCUACCACCACUGAUGCAGUCACCACCCGCAUCUGUUGUAGGCACCCCACUCUCGCCUCCUCUAUCAUUAUGCAACCGAAGAAUACAUCCCGUGAUGGAAUUCCCAGCUUCCACAGCGUCGCCGCCCAUAGACCCUCGCCUCAACUCACCGUACGACUCGGCCGACCACAUGCACCGCUCAGUUUCAAUAUCAAGCUCACGGCGAUCACCACCUCGCUCGGACGUCAGCAUGUCCACUCAAGAUGACCACGAAAUCGCGUUCCUUCUCCGGUGGUUCUCAGAAGGCCCCGGUUACUGGAUGGACCUAUUCGACCUUGGCACUUACUUCGCGUCUUACGUCCCCGUACAGGCGCGUGACAACCCAUUACUCAAGUACGCAGCUGUUGCCUGUGCGGCGAAGGCUCUUGCUCGUGUUCAGGGUCGUAAGCCUGUUAUGGGAGGCAGUGUAACGCGUCAAGCUAGGAUGGAGCAGUACCCCGAGGCACCACUGGUCGACUGGAAGCACAAGGCAGCGGUAUACUAUGAUACUGCUGUGUCACUACUGUUGCACGCUCUCAAGAUGGACGUCGCCUCCUCUCCCGACGAGUCAGAGUGCGAGCAAAGACAGCAAAACUCCGCCUACGACGGACCAGCACACAAACGACGACGAACUUCCAGCAACACCUCAUUCGUAGCAAACACCGACGAACUGUUGGCCGCCUCUGCUAUUCUCUGUGUCUAUGAGUUCUUAGACACUUCCGUUUCGGAUUGGGCGAAGCACCUGAAUGGUGCAAAGUCCCUCCUUGUCCUUUCACAAGAGCAUGUUAUGCCAUUACAACUACCAACACCCACAUCAUCGAUGCCAUCCGCAAACUUCAACUUCACAUCAAAAGCUCGGCGAGCAACGUUCUGGAACAUUGCCAGACAAGACAUGCUCGCAGCCUUCAUCAACAAGACAAACACAAGGCUAGACACCGAUGACUUGACGCUGUGGAGAGAGGCUGGCCUCAUGAUCGACGAGCGAGGCUACAUAAUGCCUAGCAACACGACAGCAACCGGUUACCCCGACGAGGAGAAGGUGAUGAGGGAAGACCUCAUCUGCAACGCCCUGGUCUGGCUCAUGGCCAAGCUAGUCAACUUCAUGGCUGCGGGAGACGAAGUCUCAAACGAAGCCGGCAUGAGUUGGGCUGGCGUUCCUCAGCGGACCCUUCUGGAUUACUGGUUUAGUCUCCGCAAGCAGUUCCAGGUGUGGCACGACGGACUACCGGUGACUUUCAAACCUUCUGCCAGGGUGGCACCCGCCCAAACGUCCGGACCGAUGUUCAACAACGAUAAUGCCUCCAUGUUUGCAGAGGUCUGGUACUCGAUUCCCAUGUGCGCCUCGACGAUGCAGACAUACCACAUGUCGCAGAUUCUCCUGUUCAUGAACAAGCCACACGAGUCCACCCAGGGGCGCAGCACCGUCGUCGCACGCAUGAACUCGUACCAGUCCGUUCUGGCCAUGUGCCAGAAGCACAGCCGCGAAAUUGUUGGCAUUUCGCUCGCUCGGUCAGAUGAAGCGGUCCGGAUCCACUCUGUGCAGCCCCUGUUCACUGCGGGUCAGUGCCUCAGCGAUGCUCGAGAGCGCCAAGUCGUAUUACAUCUCCUACGAGACAUUGAGUCGGACAUUGGUUGGGCGACCGACUACCGCGUGCGCCAGCUAUUCGAGCAGUGGCAAGGCGAAGAAUCAGAGGGCCUGGUACCAUGA